AUGGUGAGGGAGACUGAAGGACAUGAGUCAAAAGACGUCGUGGAGAAAGCUUCCGCAAUUAACCUAUUGCUCGCAUUUGCUUACGCAACCAAAAACUACCUCCGAGAGGAAUACUCUUAUGAUAAAGAUGACUUAAAAGAACUCAUCGGACAUAUCCCCCACUUCUCUAACCAGAGCUUAAACCAACCCCUUGAUACGAAGGGAACGUUUAUCGGCGAAACUAUGCUGACGACCAACAUCCCCAUCGAAUUGAGCUAUUAUAUCGCUUCCUACAUCAAAAGUGUCAAAGACCGCGACAUCAUCGACCCUUCCUCCCUAACUUUGAUGAAUAAUGCCCUGACCACCCUUGUGGAAUGUGUUACAGGUCUUGAACGUAUCCUCAGAACACCCAUUCCACUCGCUUAUUCUGUCCAUUUGCAUCAAGCCGUGUGGCUUUAUCUACUCUCUCUCCCCUACCAAAUGGUUGGCGUACUAGAUUGGUUUACCAUCCCUGCCGUUACCCUGGCGUCAUUUGCUUUGCUUCGAAUUUUGGGAAUUGGGAGAGAAAUUGAGAAUCCUUUCGGAUAUGAUGCGAACGAUUUGGCCAUGACCGCUGCCCGUGUUUCUGGAAUGGGUUUUCAUGACUCCUUAAAAUGCGUCAUCAUCAACGAAUCAGGGUCAUCGUCAGCCGCUGAUGAAGAGACGGAUACCAUGUUGAAAAAAUAG